UGGUGACGCUUGUGACCGCCGGAGAAAGAGGGCUGGACCAGAUUUAGUGAGGGACAGAGCUGUGAGGUGUUGGCACAAGCAGAAGACCCUUUCACAUACGAAUGAUAUCAGCACAGAGAGUAGCAGUAUUGUACAGUAGCAGCACCCUGUAGGCAGCACUGUACAUCACUGGGAUCUUUCUCGUUGUGGAGCACAGCGUCAGAGGCUGCAGAUGUUUCCGGUCAGGCAGCCUUGGCUUUGCAGAGCCUUAGGUUGUUAUGAUUGCUGUAUCCGGUGCAUUGGGGCAGUGCCCUACCCCUCCCUGGUGGCCACCCUGCUGUGCUAUGCAGGCAUGGCGUUAUUUUGUGGCUGUGGACACGAAGCGCUGACCCAAACCGAAGUCCUCGUCGAGACUUACUUUGCCCGCAACAUUCAGGACUAUGUGGUCAUGGCCUCUUUUAUCAAAUACUUCCAGUAUGUCAUCUAUGGUCUGGCUUCAUUUUUCUUCCUCUACGGCAUCCUGCUGCUUGCGGAGGGUUUCUACGCUACAAGUGCUGUCAAGCAGACUUUUGGAGAGUUCAGGAGCACCCAGUGUGGCCGCUGCCUCAGCCUGACGUUCAUCAUAGUGACAUACAUCUUGGCCUUCAUCUGGCUUGCGGUGUUUGCCUUCACUGCCAUCCCAGUCCUCUUCCUGUUCAACAUGGAGCAGACCUGCCAUGACAUCAAUAUCCUGGCUGAGACCACCCCCAGCAUUAAUCAGCACAGCUGGAUUUGUAUGGACGCCAGGCAGUACGGGCUGCUUCCUUGGAAUGCGAUGCCAGGCAAGUCCUGUGGAAUGACCUUGGCAUCUAUUUGCAAAACCAGCGAAUUCCAUCACACCUACGACUUGUAUGUAGCUGCAUUCGCCGGAGCUGGGAUUACUCUCCUGGCACUGUUUCUGUACCUGGCUGCCACUGCCUACAACUAUGCCGUCUUGCGGUUUCUGGGCAGAAAGGGAAUCCGCUAAGUGCAACACAUCCAAGAAAUGGACCUUCAGCAGCACCUUCAACUCUAGAUUUAAAUUCUUCCUACUUCAAGCAGCAGCUUUUCAAACUUGGAUCACAACUUCGCGUGAAAUAACAGAAACACGUUUCUCGCUACGGUUGUGAACGAACAACAAACAGAGAGAUGAAGAUUACUCCUACCCUGUCAUGUGCCCUGGCCUGCUUUUACGAGUCGUCCUCUCAGAUGAUUCUCUUAGAUUUGUUGUUCAUCUCCACUUCUGCUCUUGUUUUAAUCCCUUCCUGGUGCUGAUUGUAAUGUUUCAUGAAUAAUUAAGAACAAUGACAGCUUGCUUUGCGAGUCGUAACUGUGUGCACAGUGUUCACCGAUGUUGGAUCUGAACUGGAUGACGCUGCUGCCUCAUUAUCGCCAUCUUGUCCGUCAACAUUGUGGGACUGGAGCGAGAGAAACUGAAUGUACAGGAGUUUCCCUUUAAGCUUGUCACCUCACAAUAAAUUAGCUGUGCAUUCGCUCACCAUCCAUUUUUGCUUUGUUUAAAUGCCACCAUGCAAGGUGGUGUUUUAGUUACUAGCUACAUAAAGAGUUGAUUAAGUAACUGCUCUCUAGAUGACUACUCUUGUGUGCUCUCAUUUUGCAAUUAAACCUUUUGAAUCUGA